AUGUUUUACUACCCCACAGUUCUGAAGCGUCAUACAGGAUGUUUCUCUACAAUCUGGCUGGUUGCCACAAAAGGCAUCAGAGUUCCUCGCCGGGAUUUCCUAAAAGUCAACGUCAAAAGUACCUGUGAUGACAUCAUGAACUACCUGCUGGAGCAGGUCCCGCCCCCUCGGCCUGGUCUGCCACGACCUCGCUUCUCCCUCUACCUCUCCUCACAGCUCCAGUACGGCGUCGUCCUCGUCUUCCACCGGCAGUGUGCUAUUUUCCUGGAGGAACUUCAGACCGUUGUGGGCCAGCUGAUAAAAAAAAAAACGUCCCAUAAAAUUGAUAUGGUUGAGCACGGCAGACAAGCUCUGGACUUUCUUGACGCCCUGACUCUCCUGGAGGAGACAGAAGGAGCUCCUGACCCUUUAUUCGGAGUGAUGUACAUGCAGGAGCCCAUACCCAGUCCAAAUACACUAAUACAGGUGGGUCAGGAGUAUCUGAGAGGAACGUCACCUGAGCAUCCUGAACUGAGUCCAACUCCAUCUGCUGCUGCACCAGAGAGCGGCAUUACUGCAUCUCAAGAAAGCAUUACUCUGAGAGAGACGGAGCCUGUUAACAUCCCUGUUGCAGAGUUUGAGGGCGAGGAGCUCGUCGAUCAGCAUCCAGAUACUAUUGACCUUCUCCUGGCCCAAACAGAUAACUUUCCAGAAGGUGAUUUGGAAAUGCCCAGAGAGGAAGUGACACCGGGAAAGCAAGAGAGGGAGGUGGAAAGAGGCGGAGGAGAGGAAGACCUGGAGAAAGAAGGGACAAAAGAGCUCCCAGGAUCCCCUAUUGAAUUACAGCCAACAAUGCUUUCUGGUGAGGACGCCACGCUGUUGCCUCAGGAAGAGCUAGACCUGUCCCUGGAGACCCCUGGACCCCCGUCAGACCAGCUCACCCCCACCUCUGUGCACAUUGUCCCAUCCCCACCAUCUGCAGCAGAGGAUCGUGGAGGACCGACUCUACAGUCAGAGGAUGAGCCUCCUCCAAAGAGGAAGACCAGGGGGAAGAGGCAGCUGAUCUUCUUGGACUUGCAGACACAGAUCGACCAGGAGGUGCUUCAGCAGCAGCUCGACGACCCUCUGAUUGAGACCAAACCUCCACUUUACCCACCGUCACCUUCCAACAGGUUGCCCUCUGCUGCUGAGCUAUUCAACCAACCCUGCACCCCACUGCCUGAAGAAGUGCUGUUUCUAUGGAGACGGGCUGCGGCCAUCAAUCCCGUCUCGGGCUCGGACCUGCAGGUUGGGGAGAGAGGGUCCGAGUCCACUGAUUCUGGAAAGGAAAGAGAGCGUGAGAUGGUCGAGGCGGCCGAGGCCGUCGAAGCAGGGGAGGUGUGAUGGGACGUCCCCAGAGAUGUGGCAGAACCAGAGUUGUUUGAUAUUUCAGAGCCUGGCUCACUGCUGCUGGAGGGCUCCGACCAAAGGGAUGUGAGUCGAGAGAUCUCCCCCAUAUACACAUCCGAGAAAGAAGGGUCCACUGUCUCCAGAUCUGUCUCUGCACUGCAGGACAUCCCAGAGGUGGCGGACGAGUUGCCGGAGAUUCCUGCAGCAGAGUCUCCUGGUCUGCUGCCCGAGCAUGAAGAGGCGUCUGUGGUGUUUCAGUCUCUUCUGCCGCCAGACGCCGACCGCAGAACUGUCAGCAAUGUUUUUCAGAGGCUCCUGGAGACUUUAACGGCCAGGAAGGUGCGUGCGGAGCAGGACGAGCCUUAUGGUGACAUUCUGAUAUUACCUGGAACCAACUUUGAAGAGUUGCAUCUGAUAUUAUGAGGUUUACAUGGUCACUCAAGUCCCGAAAAGCCUCCAAAACAAACUCAUCGAAUCAUUGUUCAGUCUG